AUGGCGCCGGAUCGUUUGCGUAGCAAAGUAGUUUCUGCCUUUAAACUGCGGGGCUAUCUGCUCCGAGGUGAAGCCACUAAAUACCUUUCAGAAGCUCUUGAGCUUGUCCCUGAUUUAGAGCUUGAUGAUACAUUGGAAAAUGUCAUUGAUGCUGUUGAAAAGCAACCUUUGUCAUCAAAUAUGAUUGAACGAUCUAUAGUGGAAGCAGCAGUUCAUGAAUGCAGUCAGUCAGUAGAUGAAACUGUAGAACAUAUUCUGAAUAUAAUUGGAGCAUUUGAUAUUCCACACUUUGUGUACAAUCUGGAAAGAAAGAAAUUUUUACCACUCUCAAUGAUCAGUCACCCUUUACCAAAUUUAUUUGGGAAAGCAAGAGACAAAGCAGAAGUAUUUCGUGAACGUUAUACCAUUUUACAGCAAAGAACCCAAAGACAUGAAUUGUUUACUCCUCUAGCAACAGGUGCUCAUCCUGAUGAAAGCAGAAGCAAAUUCCAGCUUAAAACAAUAGAAACCUUAUUGGGCAGCACAGCCAAAAUUGGAGAAGUGAUUGUUCUUGGGAUGAUAACCCAAAUGAAAGAGGGGAAAUAUUUCUUGGAAGAUCCUACAGGAACAGUGCAACUGAAUCUUAGUAAAGCACAGUUUCAUAGUGGUUUAUAUACAGAGUCAUGCUUUGUCUUAGCAGAAGGUUGGUUUGAAGAUCAGGUUUUUCAUGUUAAUGCCUUUGGAUUUCCUCCCAUUGAACCUUCUAGCACAACUAGGGCAUACUAUGGAAAUGUAAAUUUUUUUGGUGGACCAACUUCUACAUCUGUAAAAGCAUCUGUAAAACUAAAACAGUUGGAAGAAGAAAAUGAAGACACUAUGUUUGUAUUGGUGUCUGAUGUUUGGUUGGACCAAGCAGAAGUAUUAGAAAAACUUCACAUUAUGUUUUCUGGUUAUUCUGCUGCUCCUCCAACCUGUUUCAUCUUUUGUGGAAAUUUUUCAUCUGCGCCAUAUGGGAAAAAUCAUGUUCAGUCAUUGAAAGAUUCCUUGAAGGCUCUUGCAGACAUAAUAUGUGAAUACCCUAAUAUUCACCAAAGCAGCCGUUUUUUAUUUGUACCUGGGCCAGAGGAUCCUGGGCCUGGUUCUAUUUUACCAAGGCCACCACUUGCUAAAAACAUCACAAAUGACUUUAGACAACGGGUACCAUUCUCAGUUUUCACUACUAAUCCCUGCAGAAUUCAGUAUUGCACACAAGAAAUCAUUAUUUUUCGAGAAGACCUGGUGAAUAAAAUGUGCAGAAAUUGUGUCCGUUUUCCAAGCAACAGUCUGGACAUUCCUCAUCAUUUUGUAAAGACUCUCUUAUCACAAGGACAUCUGACUCCUUUACCACUUUACGUCUGUCCAGUGUAUUGGGCAUAUGAUCAUACUUUGAGAGUUUAUCCUGUACCUGAUCUACUUAUCAUCGCAGACAAAUAUGAUCCUUUUACUAUUACCAAUACAGAUUGUCUUUGCAUAAACCCUGGCUCUUUUCCAAGAAGUGGAUUUUCAUUCAAGGUUUUCUAUCCUUCUAAUAAGACAGUAGAAGACAGCAAACUUUAAGACUUCUGAGAUUCUCCUAGAAAGAAACCAAACUUUACUUGGAACUCUGCUUAAUUCAAAGUGCUAUAUUAUUUUUAUUUAAAAUGCAGCAAAAAUUAUGUUAACCUUUAGGAGGAAAUUUUGUAGGAGAAUAAUUUUCAACAUGUUCUAAGCCAAUAAUUCAAUAAACAUUAAGGGUGUACUAUGUGCUGGGCUUUGUACUAAGUGUGCCCUCAAAAAGCUUUCAAUCUAAUGAAGGAAGAAAACAAGAGGCUGAACAGGAUAAGGAGACUAUUGAAACCAAGUAGAACAGCUGAUGGAAAAAUGGAGAAUUGUUCUGAAAGUUCUCAGCUUGUUCCAUCCUCCAGCCCUAUAAUCAAAGGGAGAAGCUGAAGGUGUUAAGUAUCAAAAACUGAAUCAAUCAGCAUAGUAUUGAGAUUUCACAUCAUCAGUUUAUCAAGGAGGAAUGAUGGUCCUGGAGUAGAAACCAAAUACAACUGCUGAUGGAAAACAUUCUAUUAAAAUAUUUGCCAUCGUUUAAUGUUUCUCUACUCAUUAUUACAAUCCCAUUUUAAUAACCUAAUUAUCUCUACAUUAUCCAUACCAAUAUACUCAUUUUUAGAUGUACAUCAUUAUCAAGUCAGCUUUUUAUCUGACUUUUAUAAAAAAAAUGAAAUAAAGCAUUUUAUUUUAAUUAAAA